AAGGCCUCGAGCAUCGACGGCAGAUGUGGGCGUCGCUGGCCUGACCCUCUUCCUCGCAUUGCAUGCCCAACCAGGCAAGUUUCCGUGGGGCAAUGUGCCGUUGACUCAGGUGGGGGAAGACAUUGACGAAGCUACAGCGAACAGACACGGUGUUCCCUCCACCGCUGGAUCCGGACGUUUUCGGCAGUAAUUGACCAGCAAACGAAGGCGUACGUUUCCAAUUCGAGGCCAGAUUGCUGAAAUCGGUUCAUCGUCGUGGGUGCCUGGGAUAUAGAGACACUUCUCUUAUCAACUGUCAAGGGAUAGUGGAUUACUUGUGUUUCAGGGGGUACAACAGGGGGAGAUACACGUCCACAAGCACCUCGACAAGGCUAAAUAUACGGAUACGACGGUCGCUUGCUUGCUCUCUCGCUGCCCGAGUCCGACACCACCGACACAGACCCUAGCUUCGGCUACAGUGCUCCGCUCACGAAUCCCACAUAGGAGUAUAUAACCCUUGCCUUUUGUCUCAGGGGUCGAAACUGUGAGGCUCAAGACAAGAACCAGCAAAGGUGGCCUCUGGAAAUUUUUAAGUUAACAAGGCGGAGUGGUAGGACUGGGAGACACACCAGGCUACUUGCGAAAAACUGUUGGAAGGGAAAAAAAAAACGAACCCAUAUCAACUCUCAUCCGCGCCUGUUCGUGAUAUCAAGAUGGCGUCGACGACAUCUCAGAAGUCGAACGACCGGGAUCCGACAUUCCGCAACUACGAUUCCUCGUCCGCAGCCAGAUACCUCCAAAAUCGCCCCAGAUACCCUGACACGCUGAUUGAUCUGAUCGUCUCAAAGCACACCUCUUCAGGUGGGGAGCUGGACCUGGUGGUCGACGUUGGCUGUGGACCGGGCAUUGCGACCCUCUCCCUGGCGCCGCACUUUCAACAUGCCAUCGGGGCAGAUCCCGGUCAGAACAUGAUCGAGACGGCAAAGACCGUCCCGUCUACGACGAAAUCGGGCGAGCCUAUCAAGUACGAGGUCUGCUCGGCCGAAGCGUUGAGCACAUUAUCUGCACUCAAAGAGCUUUCAGACACUGGUCUAGAGUGUGUGGAUCUCAUCACAGCCGCAACCGCGGCGCAUUGGUUUGACAUGCCUCGCUUCUGGGGGGAGGCGGCCAAGAUCCUCAAACCCGGCGGCAGUGUCAUCAUCUGGUGCUACGGAGGCCACCGGUGCGACCCGAACAGCACGCCCAAUGCGGAGAAGCUCCAGGACUGGUUCAAAACCUUUGAAGAGGAGGUGAUCAGCCCUUACGAGCUGCCCGGAAACCGACUGGCGCGGGAGUUGUACGUCAACCUGGGGUUGCCGUGGGAAUGCCUCGAACGGAUCGACGACCCGGCGGAUCAGGGACUGAAGACCCUGCUGAAGGAGUUUGAUGAGGAACGGUUCGAGAGGAUCGAGUCGAGCCGCGAAGGCCGCAUCUCCGAGGGGGUGGCUUUCUCGGAAUUUCGCAGGUUGGACUUUGCAAGAAUCAAAGCCUUGCUGGGUACCGCCAGUCCCAUCACCCGGUGGAGAGAGGCCAACAAAGAAAAAGUGGCGAAGGGCGAAGUGGAGGAUGUCCUGGACUUGAUGGUUCGAAGGACCAAGGAGAUCAUCGAGGAGGUGCCAGAGGGGAAAGGCAGGGACUUUGUCGAGAGCGGAAGCGGGAUGGUCAUAUUGGUUGUGAAGAAGAGGAAGUAGAGAUGGUGGGAGGAAGGGGGGGUUUCUUUGGGGACCGGGGAAAUGAUAGAGGUAUUUUCUAGUGCGUAAGAAUUUCUGGUUCGAGGAUUUUAGGUAGAGAAGAAGACAUCGUAGUCCUUUCAGGGGG